AUUGCUUUGUGCUAUUGACUCAUUUUUGUUUGGAAUUAGGCUUCAGCCAGUAACAAGUUUACCAUAUUGUCCUUCUUGUCCUCUGUUCCAUAAAAAAUUGUCUGCAUUUCCUGUCCUCCAGGACUUCCCUGUAGCUCAGUUGGUAAAGAAUCUGCCUGCGGUGUAGGAGUCUGCCUGCAACACAGGAAACCCAGGUUUGAUUCCUGGUUUGGGAAGAUGCUCUGGAGAAGGCAAAGGCAACCCACUCUAGUAUCCUUGCCUGGGAAAUCCAUGCACAGAGGAGCCUGGCAGGCUACAGUUCAUGGGGUUGCAAGAGUCGCAGUAAAGCACCAUUGUCCCCCACCCAACAAUAUCAUGGAGACCUCCUCCAUUCAGGGCUCACCACCUGGUGACUUAGGCUGUAAAUGAAAUGGAUUUAUAACCACAGGGACCUCCCUCAUAACUUAUUUCCAGUUCUGAGAUGAGCUAAGAUUAGCUUCGAGUCUGGUUUCUUAUAGCAGUAGUGCUUAGCUAGGGCUUCCCUGGUGGCUCAGAUGGUAAAGAAUCUGCCUGCAGUAUGGGAGACCUGGGUUCAAUCCCUGGGUUGGGAAGAUCCCCUGGAGAAGGAAAUGGCAGCCCACUCCAGUAUUCUUGCUUGAAGAAUUCCAUGGGCAGAGGAGCCUGGCAGGCUACAGUCAUGGGAUCACAGAAAGUCGGACACGACUGAACGACUAACACUUUCAGUACUUGUAAAGGCAGUCUAACUUGCAGCCUGGCAUAAAAACCUCUAGGGUGCUUAGGCUGCUUCAGAUGAGAAUGUAGCAGGAAAAUACUGAACUAGCGCCUUAUAGAGUAUUUAAUGAGACUGCGCUUUGACUAAUCCUUCCUGAUUCUAAAUUUCUCCUUUAGAAUUUCCAUUCCUUUUCAGUAAAUUUCCUCCUCAGUUCAGUAACACUUAAGGUGAAGUGGGUCAGUUCCCUUUAGAAAGAAAGCUGCAAAGGUAUCUUGGAAACCCUGAGAUUAGAGCUUUGUGGUUAAAAAUAACCAUUUGAUGGCUACACACACUGAGUUUCCUAACUUUCUUGUUGGUUAGCCCUUUUCUCCCAGACCCUGCAUUUAAAAUUAGCAGCAGAAUGCAGGAGGAAGGGAAACUCUGAUGAUUAGUCUGUGAUGAGCCCUCCUGUCAUGAGGGUGAUACUGCCCCUCUCCCCAAGCUCUUCACUGCAGGUCUUAGUCAGAUGGCAAAGGGUUCUUGUUUGGUGGUUUCCCUGCUGCUUCAGAUUUUAGCCUGAAAUGUGGCAGGAUUUUGCAAGUUACCAAUUUUGGGGGGAAGCCUGAUGGAGAUACAAUGUCCAAGGAUAAUCCUUUGAGUAAAUCCUACCAAAUAACCGAUGCAGGGUGGAGAGGGGAGUGUCCCAUUAGCCUGACUAUUUCCUUCUAAAAGUUAAGAUUUUAGGUUAUCAGUGAGGCUAGUCUGGGGAUGUUAUAUAUUGAGCCCUAGACAUCAGUGAUUUUAGAAGAAAAUGAAAUGAUUCUAAAAAUUGGCAAAUGGCAAUAGAAGUGUGAAAGUAGGGGGAAACCAUUUGUGAGAUUAAUGUUGAAAACUGAUGUAGAGCUGAGUGACCAGGAAAGAGGGCUGAGAGGAAGCUUUAUCACCAUAAGCAUUUUUGUAUUUCUCAAAUUUUCAGCCAUGUGAAUGUAUUGCCUAUUCAAAACUUAAUUUAUUAACAGUAUAAAUAAAAAUAAAGUAAAUUGAGAUCGAGUCAGGUCAGUCUUAUCUGUUUAGGUAUUAAAAGAUUUAAUUUCAGUAUUUCUAAGAUGAUUAUUAAUAUUAGAGUAUUUUGUUAAUUUUAACUCACUUCUUCUCAAAUCUGUUAAUUCAGAAGAUGCUUUUGGAGACCAUGGGGACUCUGCCAGUCUUGGUGCCAUCAACUCUGCCUGCAGUAACUCCUCAAUUCCUCAGUCCUCCGGGGGGCUCUCAGAGGAGCCCUUCACCACCUACCUGAAUGAGAAUCAUGCCGUUCCUGAGGAGGACCAGGACUUCUUAUGAGCGUUGUGGAUCCAGGAAACAUUGAAUGUGAUUUGCAGUCUGGAGCACUGGCUGGUUUUAAGCUGCUGUGGGUUCUGCUGUUGGCCACCAUCGUCGGGGUCCUGCUCCAAACGCUUGCAGCUAGGCUGGGAGUGGUCACCGGACUUCCUCUUGCUGAAGUGUGUUACCGUCAGUAUCUCAGGGUUCCACGAAUCCUUCUGUGGCUGAUGGUGGAGUUAGCUAUCAUUGGUGUAGAUAUGCAAGACGUUAUUGGCUCAGCUAUUGCCAUCAAUCUCCUGUCUGCAGGAAGGAUUCCACUAUGGGGUGGAGUUCUUAUCACCAUUGCAGAUACAUUUGCAUUUCUCUUUUUGGACAACUAUGGUUUGCAAAAGCUAGAAGCAUUUUUUGGUUUUAUCAUCACUGUUAUGGCCCUCACAUUUGGCUAUGAGUGUGUUACAGUGAAACCCAGCCAGACCCAAAUCCUCAAAGGCAUGUUCCUGCCAUCCUGUUCAGACUGUCUUACCCCACAGAUCAUGCAGGCUGUGGCCAUUGUGGGCGCCAUUAUCACGCCACACAACAUAUACCUGCAUUCUGCCUUAGUCAAGUCCAGACAUAUAGACCGAGCCAAAAGGCAGGAAGUUCGAGAAGCCAAUAAGUACUUCUUCAUUGACUGCUGCAUUGCUCUCUUUGUUUCCUUUAUCAUCAACACCUGUGUCAUCUCAGUGUUUGCUGAAGCAUUUUUUGAGAAAACCAACGAGCAGGUGGUUGCAGUCUGUAAAAACAGCAGCAGUCCCCAUACUCACCUUUUCCCAGAGGAUAGCUCAACACUGGCUGUGGACAUCUACAGAGGGGGUGUUGUGCUGGGGUGUUACUUAGGGCCUGCCGCUCUCUACAUCUGGGCGGUGGGGAUCCUGGCUGCGGGGCAGAGCUCCACCAUGACAGGGACCUAUUCCGGCCAAUUUAUCAUGGAGGGAUUCCUGAACCUAAAAUGGUCACGCUUUGCCCAAGUGAUUCUGACCCUCUCUAUUGCCAUCAUCCCCACUCUGCUUGUGGCCGUCUUCCAAGAUGUGGAGCAUCUCACAGGAUUGAAUGACAUCCUGAAUGUUCUUCAGAGCUUACUACUUCCCUUUGCCCUCAUACCCAUCCUGACAUAUACGAGCUUGCGACCAGUCAUGAGCGAAUUUGCCAAUGGACUAGGCUUGCGGAUCCUGGGCGGUAUCGUGGUCCUUAUCAUCUGUUCCAUCAACAUGUACUUCGUCAUGGUUUAUGUCCAGGAUCUAGGGCAUAUGGUAUUGUAUGUGGUGGCUGCAGUGGUCAGCGUAGCUUAUCUGAGCUUUGUGUUUUACUUGGGUUGGCAGUGUUUCAUUGCACUGGGCAUGUCCUUCCUGGACUCCGGACACACACGGAAUCGCUCGGCCUCUUUAGAACCAGCGGUCUUGUGCCUUCUAAAUUCGUCCUUCACGUACUGGUCGCCAAGGUCUUUGAGGUCUGGGGGCAGAACCCGGUGCAGCAGCAAAAUGCGCCGAUACAAGGCCCGGACAUGCGAGACGUGCAGCGCAGACAUAACGCCACGCAUGGCAAAAUUUUUAUAAUAAAUCAUUUACUACCUAAAACUUGAAAGUUUCUGCAUAGUGAUCUGAUUGAAAAGUCAGAGGAUUUUCAACACCAGGCUCGUACCCCUUCAUGGAAGUGCAGUUGGCUUAUCUGCAGAUGACACCACCCUUAUGGCAGAAAGUGAAGAACUAAAGAGCCUCUUGAUGAAAAUAAAAGAGGAGAGUGAAAAAGUUGGCUUAAAGCUCAACAUUCAGAAAACGAAGAUCAUGGCAUCCGGUCCCUUCACCUCAUGGCAGAUAGAUGGGGAAAUAGUGGAAACAGUGGCUGACUUUAUUUUUCUGGGCUCCAGAAUCACUGCAGAUGGUGAUGGCAGCAAUGAAAUUAAAAGACGCUUACUCCUUGGCAGGACAGUUAUGACCAACCUAGACAGCAUAUUAAAAAGCAGAGACAUCACUUUGUCAACAAAGGUCCAUCUAGCCAAGGCUAUGGUUUUUCCAGUGGUCAUUUAUGAAUGUGAGAGUUGGACUAUAAAGAAAGCUGAGUGCCGAAGAAUUGAUGCUUUUGAACUGUGGUGUUGGAGAAGACUCUUGAGAGUCCCUUGGACUGCAAGGAGAUCCAACCAGUCCAUCCUAAAGGAGACCAGUCCUGGAUGGUCAUUGGAAGGACUGAUGCUGAAGCUGAAACUCCAAUACUUUGGCCACCUGAUGCGAAGAGCUGACUCAUUGGAAAAGACCCUGAUGCUGGGAGGGGUUGGGGGCAGGAGGAGAAGGGGAUGACAGAGGAUGAGAUGGUUGGAUGGCAUCACCGACUCGAUGGAGAUGAGUUUGGAUAAACUCUGGGAGUUGGUGAUGGACAGGGAGGCCUGGCGUGCUGCAGUUCAUGGGGUCACUAGAGUCGGACACGACUGAGCGACUGAACUGAACUGGACUGAACUGAACUGAAUGGCAGCUAUCCAUUUUUAAUGUAAUGAAGUCUGUGCCUUCUCUCCUUUCCUUCUAGCUUCAAAGACACUGAGUUUGCAAACCCUGCAGCCUUUGUAUGUUUGAGCAUCAUUUUCCUCUUUCAGCUUAAACCUUGCUGCCUUAUUUUAAAACAGGACCUUUCAGUAAGACUUAAAAAAAAAUCCAGACAUUGCCUUUGUUCAUUUAUAAUGAUUUGAUUCUCUGAGUGGCAGAGAUUUUUCUUCCAAGAUGAUUAUUUAAAAUUCCCUCGUUUCUACUUUGUGGCCUUUGAAAUUUCUGAUAAGAGCAACAGCCUUGCAUCCCAGGUUAGAGAGCUUGUGAUCCUAAAAGUAAAACUGAAUUAACAUCAUUUAUCAGCUCUUAUUUGAAAAAGAGACUUAAAAAAUGAAUUUCAGUGUUUUAGUUUCUUUAUACAGAGACAGCAACUCUAGAUGAAUCAAUUUGUUGGAUUUUUCUUCCCUCCCUGGGCAAGUGUCCAGAUGUUCAUUUAUCAGUAGUUUCAUUACCAGAGAAUGUUUGGGGAAAGAAAAAAGGAAAAAGAAUCCUGUUAUACAACUCAUGAAAAAGAUAAGGUGGUUGGUUAAAUAGAGAUUAAGUUCUUGGGGGCGUUUCUGUAGCUUAUCUCCAUUCUUUAAUUGUAUGUUACUAGGAAUAGACUAGAGUUUGCGGAAAUUUCUAAGUAUACCCCUCAGGUCAUACAACUCCUGUAAUCAGAAAACUUAAUAUAAAGCAAAAACUAGAUCAUGCCAAAACCAGUGGAGGAGACUGAUGUUUAAAGAGUGAGUCUUGGGUAAAUGUUUUUGCUAAGUUAAGAGCAUUUAAUCAUUAUGAUUUACAAAUCUGGAUUUCUAUGAUAUGUACUUAUACAGACAAUAAUAUAAUCAAUCUCCCCCCUUUUGACCCUACUGAGCGGCAUGCGGGAUUCCCCACCUGGAAUCAAACUGAUGUCCACCUCCAGUGAAAGUAGAGAGUCUUAACCACAGGGGAAGUCCCAAUAUAUUCAGUCUUAAGAUUAACCUAGAUGUAUAUACUCACUCAAUUCCUAAGGUUUAACACUGUGGAGUCAAUUUGUAAAAGGAUUCUCUGACAGUGUAUACCCAGAGUUUCAGAAAAAUGCAGUUCAAUAGUGAGCAACUGCUCAGUAUUGAACUGAACAGCUGCUGUUACAUACUACAUUAUUGAGCAGCUGCUGCUACAUAACUGUGUGCUGGCCUAAUAAAAAAGGCAUUCAGAGCAUACCCAAUAGUUUAACUAGUCAGUGAGGCAUCAGAGAUUACAGCAGCCAAUGAAAAUAGCCUUCUCACUUUUUAAACAUUAUGAUAUUAAGCACCAAGACUUUGCCCUAGAAGUAUUGUGCACAUUCAGGUUUAUAUCUAUUUAUAGGGUCUUCCCUCAAUGACCUCCCCUCUUUGCCCAAGCUAAUGUGGGUAAAUGGGCAUCCUGCAUACUUAGCUUUUCUCCAUAAAUGAUUUUACAUUUUAAUUUAAGCAUAAUUGGUGAGCUCUUAUGUAUAACUACUCAAUAUUUUUCACUGCUUUUUUCAAGCAAUAAUUACAUUACUUUAGUAUAUUCAGAGUAAGAUUAUUGCACAAUUCUGGAGUCUUUUGGGUUUUGUGAGAAGAGCCCAUUUCUGAUUAAACAUUUUUAAUGCUGAGCAUAUUUUGAAAGAGGGGGAUCUUUAUGGUAGCCUGAUUAGAAGUAUCUUUUCAUUGUGUAAUCAGUAUGAAGGAUGACAUUCCUAUGGCCUCGGUCUUAAAUUUUCCUGACUUUCAUGGAGCACAUUGGAGCCAACUGCUGGAAUGUUUACUCUAGGGAAAUAGAGUAGCUGGAUUCUUUCCUUGUCUGUUUUCUAAAGAGGACAGUGUUGACUGAAACAUGUAUGUCUUUUGGUGGUACUUGAAGAGCUUCAUGGUGGGUACGGAUGGCAACUUUAAAAAUAAUUACCCUGUGCCCUAGAGAAAAGUGUAAAUAAUACACAGAACAGUGAGUUAUUAUUGCCUAGAAUGUAGAUAUAGUAUCCAAUAUUCCUGCAUCUUUCCCUUCCCCAAACACUAGACUUCACUUUCUGGUCAGAAUAAUUUUGCCAGUAUAGAAAACAUCAAGGAAGAGGAAGUCAGCACCACAGAUCAUGUUAUAGUGCCCCCCGCCUUUUUUUAAAAUAGUGCAUUCUUGUUUUUAUCUCAGUGGGUACUUUUUUUUUCCCCUUUGGUUUUCUUCCCCAGGCCUGGAGUUGGAAGAAAUCUUAGACAUAGCAGUUAUGACUUUAGCAAGAUGGAGCUAGUUUUUAGAACCCUAAGGCUUACAGAGGAGCUUGAGGCCUCGGGUAUACUUAACAUUUAUUAUCUUCUUUGUUUCUUGUGUUUUCUGCAGUGUCAUACCACAUCUCCCACAAUACUGCCAUAUGAGCGAAAAGGGAUUUUUUUUUUAAGCAAUUUUCCUUUGUACUGCCAAAAAUACUUUCAAGAAGUAUAAGGAUGAAUACACAAAUAUUUAAAUCUUAGAUAUUUAUGUUUGUGGUAAAUGAGUCAGGUUUCUUUAUAACAGUGAGGUGCACAGUGGUGAACCAAGUUUUUUUUUUAAUUUCACCAAGCCCCAGACAGCAUGCUACCCAGCACAAGCUCCUGUGCUAGCCGUGUGCACUCCCACCGGGGGCCUCUGGGCUGAACCAAAUUUAAAUAAAAACAUAGCCAUUCAUUCUCCUCUAAUGUAAUUUUUGCCCAUUCUAAAAGGGAGUUUAUGAAAGCCUUAAUUACCUUGCCCUGUUUGGAGAGAAAUGAGUGAAAAGAGCACCAUGUUUAAUAUGGAUAGUGAAAAAUUUUCUGUAGCCAUUAUAUAACUCCUAAUUUUCAGAUCGAUUUGGCAUAAUAUAGAUUGUUUUCUGCCACUAACUAGAAAAUAAAAAUUUUAAAAGUGAGAACAUCAUGUCCUAGGUUCUAAAAGACAUCAACAAAGGUAUUUUUGAGUUGACUAUGAUUAUUGAUUUGGAAAUCAAUGUCUUAAACAUUUGAAGGCUAUGAGA